AGCCGUACAGGCUUCCGUAGAAAACGCCUUGUAUAUACGACCAAGAUACAACACCCUGGAUUCAAUCUAUCUAUUGGUCCAUCUAUGGCCCAUCUAUGUAUUUACAUGCUUUCUAUGACGUCAUUUAAACGUAAGGAAAGAUGUUACGAUCAUUUGUUUCUAUUCCUAACGUUCAGCAAGGAUUGGCUUCUUUUAUUAAAAAUUCUCCGGCAAUAUGUCAUCUCCCGGUUACUACACAUGUGAAACAUUUAACAACAACAGAGUCAAAUGAAAAAGAAUCUUUACCCAGCAAAGUAAAAAAAGAACCUUACAGUCCUUUUCAAAAUACACAAAGUAAAUCUGAAUAUGCUUUGGCAAGAGUAGACGAUCUUCUGAACUGGGGUCGUAAAAAUUCCAUAUGGCCUUUGACUUUUGGUUUGGCUUGUUGUGCUGUGGAAAUGAUGCACAUUGCAGCACCAAGAUACGAUAUGGACAGAUAUGGAGUUGUAUUUCGAGCGUCACCUAGGCAGGCCGAUGUAAUUAUUGUUGCUGGAACCUUAACUAAUAAAAUGGCACCAGCUUUGAGAAGAAUUUACGACCAAAUGCCUGAUCCUAAAUGGGUUAUUUCUAUGGGAAGCUGUGCAAAUGGAGGCGGAUAUUACCAUUACAGUUAUUCUGUUGUUCGAGGAUGCGACAGAAUUAUUCCUGUGGACAUUUACGUGCCAGGCUGUCCCCCUACGGCAGAAGCUCUGAUGUAUGGAAUUUUACAGUUACAAAAGAAAAUAAAACGCAUGCGAACAACGCAAGUUUGGUAUAGACACUAAACUGAGGGCUAGGUACGUAAAUUUGUAGAAAACAUGUAAAUUAAAAGUAAUGAAAUAUAAGUUAUUAUUGAAUAAAUAAGCCAUUGAAAUGGAUAUAAUGAAAGCGAUGUUUAUUAAAAGAAUUGUGAUUUACAUAAUAUGAUAGUGUUCUAUGUAAUAAAAAUUAAUUAAUUAA